GAUAAUUCUCCUUUUAUUAACUUCCGAGAUAAAUUUGAAGAAAUUAUAAAGUUGAAACAAAUUAAUACAAGUUGGAUAUCUUGUAAUAUAAAUUUUCUUUUUUCUUUUUGGUUUAUCUAUUUAUAUUAAAGUAGAGAUGGAUAUAUCCCAAAUUUCAUGUUUCCCUCAAAAUAUCUAACCAUUUUUAUGUAGAGAUUUGAACGUUUGUACUUCUAUCUUUGUUCCACCUCUUUAGUCGACGAGCAGUAAUGGAGGCAUCCCAUUCUUCUUCUUCUUCUAUAUAUGGCUCCGGGCUUCACCAAAACUUGUUCAGACGCUCGCCACUGGUUUCCGCCAUGCCCCUGAAUUCCCGACUUUCAUUUCCCACAACUCUUGUGGCAAACCCUCUUCCACCGAAGCUUUAUUUCUCUACUAAACAUGCAAUUCUUAGAGUUGGACAAUCCCCAAGGUUGCUCAAAAUAGAUGGUAAUAAUCCUUUAGUUGGAGUAAUCUCAAUGGGAAUGUUGGCUCCAAGAAAGUUUUUUAAGAAGAGGAAGAAAGUGGAACAUUUCAAAGAUGCAGCUGAUGAAGCUAAACAGAAGAGCUGGAGGAGACUAAUGCAGGAAAUUGAGGACACAGGUUCUGCUUCUACAGUACUUAGACGCCAACGGACUAAUGACCAAUCUCUUUCUAAAGACUUGGUUUUAGGCACUUUGGUUAGAUUUAAGCAGAUGAAAAAAUGGCACUAUGUUAGUGAGAUUCUUGAGUGGCUUCGAGAUCAGAGCUGGUGGGACUUCAGUGAAAUGGACUUCCUGAUGCUUAUAACAGCAUACGGAAAGCAAGGGGACUUUAACAAGGCUGAGAAAAUUUUGAGCUUUAUGAAUAAAAAGUGUUUUGUACCAAGUGUUGUAUCACAUACUGCUCUUAUGGAGGCUUAUGGGAAAGGAGGUCGAUACAAUAAUGCUGAAGCCAUUUUUAGAAGGAUGCAGUCUUCAGGCCCUGAACCUUCUGCUGUGACAUAUCAAAUAAUCCUUAAAAUACUAGUUGAGGGGAACAAAUUUAAGGAAGCCGAAGAAGUUUUUGAGACACUUUUGGAUGAGGAAAAAUCUCCUUUGAAGCCUGACCAAAAAAUGUUUCACAUGAUGAUUUAUAUGUAUAAGAAGGCUGGGAGUUAUGAGAAGGCCCGUAAACUAUUUGCGCUGAUGGCUGAACGAGGAGUUAAGCAAUCCACAGUCACUUACAAUAGUCUUAUGUCAUUUGAAACUAAUUACAAGGAAGUGUCAAAGAUAUAUGAUCAGAUGCAAAGAGCUGGUCUUCACCCUGACGUGGUGAGUUAUGCCUUGCUCAUUAAUGCUUAUGGCAAAGCCAGGAGGGAAGAGGAAGCAUUGGCUGUUUUUGAGGAAAUGUUGGAUGCUGGAAUCAGGCCUACCCGUAAGUCCUAUAAUAUUUUGCUUGAUGCAUUUGCAAUCUCGGGAAUGGUGGAGCAAGCUCGGACUGUUUUCAAAAGCAUGAGAAGAGACAGAUAUACCCCUGACAUUUGUUCUUAUACAACUAUGCUAUCAGCUUAUGUCAAUGCAUCUGAUAUGGAGGGUGCUGAAAAAUUCUUCACAAGACUGAAACGAGAUGGACUUAAACCCAAUAUUGUCACAUACGGGACACUGAUGAAAGGGUAUGCUAAGGUAAAUAGUCUCGAGAAGAUGAUGGAGACAUAUGAAGAAAUGCGAUUAAGCAGUAUCAAAGCGAAUCAAACCAUCUUCACAACUCUCAUGGAUGCAUACGGAAAGAAUAGGGAUUUUGGUAGUGCUGUUGUUUGGUACAAAGAAAUGGGAUCUUAUGGUGUUCCACCCGAUCAGAAAGCGAAAAACAUCCUUUUGUCUUUGGCAACAACUGCAGAUGAACAAAAGGAGGCAAAACAACUUGUAGGGUGCAUGGAGACUAAGGUGAAUGGAUUUUCGAGGCUUCUUGAUGAAGAAGAUUACAAUGAUGAUAUAGAGGAGGCCAUAUUGUAUGAAAAAAUGGGUCGAUUAUAGUUUCUUAAUUAGUGAUUGUUAUCAAGAAAAGCAAGCAAUUUAUACAUACUGGGAUACUCUUUGAUAUGUCCUGGAAUUUUGUCUACUGGUAGUAUACUCAGCUAUGAAAAUAUAUAUCACAGUUAAUGUAGAAUUUUUGGCCGAAUAUCAGGGUUGUUAUACGUAGCAAGUUAUAAUUA